UUUCCCUUUAAACCUUUUUCUUACUUUAUUAUAUUCUCUCUCUCCCUUUCUCUCGUUGGAUUUGAAAAGGUGUAUGAAAAUGAGUUUCUCGGUUUAUAUUAGCAGCUCCUUUGCUUCUUUCUCUCUGCCGCCGCACAAAGUUGUUGUUGUUCUUCUUCUUCUUCUCCUUCAUCACAACGCAAAUGCUGCAAGUGAGUGUGAUUUGUUCACCGGAAGAUGGGAACUUGACAAAUCCUACCCGCUUUACGACCCUGCUGCAUGUCCCUUCAUUGAGCGGGAGUUCACUUGCCAGAAGAACGGCCGGCCGGAUCUGGAUUACACCAAGUACAGGUGGCAGCCCCUCGGCUGUAAUCUACUCAGAUUUGACGGUCAGGAUUUUUUGGAAAGAUUUAGAGGGAAGAGCAUCAUGUUCGUGGGAGAUUCUCUGAGCAGAAACCAGUGGCAGUCAUUGACAUGCAUGCUUCAUUUUGCCGUCCCCGAUGCUGAGUACGAUUUAACAAGACAAGGAGAUGUUUCCACUUUUACAUUUACGGAUUAUGGAGUGAAAGUGAUGCUUGAUCGGAACGUGUAUUUGGUGGACAUUGUAAGAGAAAAAGUUGGUAGAGUCUUGAAACUUGAUUCGAUUGAGGGAGGCAAGCUAUGGAAAGAUAUGGACAUGCUCAUCUUCAACACAUGGCAUUGGUGGAAUCGAAGGGGACCUUCUCAACCAUGGGAUUACAUCCAAGUAGGAACACAGAUUACGAAGGACAUGGAUCGUAUGCUUGCUUUUCAAACGGCACUUACAACAUGGGCUGGAUGGGUGGAUUUAAACAUUGAUCCUGCCAAGACAAGGGUUUUCUUCCAAGGAAUUUCCCCAUCCCAUUACAAUGGCAGCCUAUGGAAUGAACCAAGUGCAAAGAGCUGCGUGAGGGAGAAGCAACCAUUGUUAGGCUCAAAAUAUCCAGGAGGUUUGCCACCAGCUGUUGGCGUGCUCAAGAGUGCAUUAGUCAAGAUUACAAAACCCGUCAAAUUGCUCGACAUAACUCUUCUCUCCCUGCUACGUAAAGAUGGCCAUCCUUCUAUUUACGGCCUCACCGGGCCAACCGGAAUCGACUGCAGCCACUGGUGUCUUGCCGGUGUUCCUGACACUUGGAACCACAUUCUUUACAAUCUUAUUCUUUGAUUUUCAUUGCAGGCUAUUCACCGAAGACUCCUUAGUUUUCAAACACUAUUUGUUAGACUCCAGCAUCUCCAGCAAUAUUAUGCAUUUUAGCUAAGAAAAUUUAGUUGUCUAUUUUCUUUAAAUAUUAUAAAAAAAAAAAAAAAAAAAAAAAAAAAAAAAAAAAGAAGAUGGAAAUAAGAGAAGACAGUUAUGUUUGUUAAAGUGGUUAAGCUUAGUUGGCAUUAAAGUUGUAGUUGAGUUAGUUAGCUAGUAAACAGUUAAGUUGUUUACUAAAGCUUUUGAGUAAAUGUAGUCUUUCUUCUGUAUUUCAUUCAUUUCAGAUAAUAAGAAUAGAAUUCAAUUCUCUU